AUGGCUGACCAGGGCGCCGCAGAACCCGCGAAUAACAACAAUAAAGCUGACGCCGUGGAGGGAACCAUCAUUAAGGUCACCGUCAAGACCCCCAAGGACAAGGAGGAAAUCGCUAUCGCUGAAGAUUCGUCCGUCACGCAGUUCAAAGAGGAGAUCUCCAGGCGCUUCAAAGCCAAGCAGGAUCAGUUGGUUCUGAUCUUCGCCGGUAAGAUCCUGAAGGACGGCGACAGCCUUAGCCAGCACGGAAUCAAAGAUGGCCUGACAGUGCACCUGGUCAUCAAGACGGCACAGAAGGCCUCAGAUGGAGGCAACACCUCGGCCCAGAGCUCCUCGUCCACUCCCGUAGAAAGCACCAGCGCCUCCAAUCCGGGCAGCGCGCCUUCCUCCUCCGGGUCCGCCGCCAACUCCGCCCCACCGCCCGCUCAAUCGGCCAACCUACUGAGUGGUUUCGGCGACUUGUCCAACUUGGCGGUGCUGGGCAUGGGCUCGUCCAACUUCAUGGAGCUGCAGCAGCAGAUGCAACGGCAGCUCAUGUCCAACCCGGAGAUGCUCUCGCAGAUCAUGGAGAACCCUUUAGUGCAGAACAUGAUGUCCAACCCAGACCUGAUGCGCCAGAUGAUCGUGUCCAAUCCGCAGAUGCAGCAGCUGAUGGAGCGCAACCCGGAGAUCUCGCACAUGCUCAACAACCCAGAGCUCAUGAGACAGACAAUGGAGCUGGCUCGCAACCCGGCCAUGAUGCAGGAGAUGAUGCGCAACCAGGAUCGGGCACUCAGCAACUUGGAGAGCAUCCCGGGCGGCUACAACGCCUUGCGCAGGAUGUACACCGACAUCCAGGAGCCCAUGUUUAGUGCAGCCAGAGAGCAGUUCGGCAACAACCCAUUCUCAGCCCUCGGCGGCGGCUCAGAGUCUGGCGCGCAACCGUCGCGGACGGAGAACCGCGAGCCCCUGCCCAAUCCCUGGGGUCCACCCAAUGCCUCGAACCCCCCGGAAAACGGCGGCACGGCGGGAGGAACCGGCGCCCCCGCUACCGGCACCAACCCCACCGUGUCCAACCCGCUGGGCGUCAACCCUAACAGUCUGGGAAACGGAAUGUUCAACAGUCCAGGCAUGCAGAGCCUCUUGCAGCAGAUCUCGGAAAACCCUCAGCUCAUGCAGAACAUGCUGUCCGCUCCAUACAUGCGCAGCAUGAUGCAGUCGCUGUCCCAGAACCCAGAGUUGGCCUCACAGGUUAUGAUGAAUAACCCCUUAUUUGCCGGAAACCCACAGCUGCAGGAACAGUUUCGGUCUCAGCUUCCCAUUUUUCUCCAGCAGAUGCAGAACCCAGAAGCGCUAUCAGUGAUGACGAACCCACGCGCCAUGCAAGCGCUCAUGCAGAUCCAGCAGGGCCUACAAACGCUGCAAACGGAAGCACCGGGCCUCAUGCCCAGUUUGAUGUCAGGCGGCCUUCCCGGUGGGAUUCCGGGCGGCGUUCCCGCAGGCGUACCCAGCGGCAUUCCCACGAGCGGCACCGCGCCCACCGAGAAUCCCGCGUCCUCACCCAGCGGCACCGGGACAGCGCCAAAUGCCGCCCAGCAGCAGCUGAUGCAACAGAUGCUCCAAAUGUUUGCAGGAGGAGGCACAGCGAACCAGACCCCCGAGGUCCGCUUCCAGUCGCAGCUGGACCAGCUGAACGCGAUGGGAUUCAUCAACCGCGAGGCCAACCUGCAGGCCCUCAUCGCCACCGGAGGCGACAUCAACGCCGCUAUCGAGAGACUGUUGGGCUCGCAGCCCUCGUAA